GGAUUGGCUAAAUAUAAGGAAAUGAAUGUGGUUCGGUUCUCAGUCGCCGCUUGUGGCAAGGAGCAUUGCGUGACGACACAAAAAACGUCUGUGUAGGAGACCAACGCAAAAUGCCUCGUGGAGAUUAUUUGGUCCUAUGGUAUUGCUAGAGUUCUGCAGUGAAAGGAAUUGUUACAAUUUGCGUAUUUGUUGUAGAGGAGUUUUUGGCCCCUGUUAAGAGCACGAUUUGCUACGGUAAGUACAUUUACUUGUUCAAACAAAAUCCUUGACUUAUUUUAACUUUUUACGAAUUAAGCGAAAAACAUGGGCAGCCUAAUAAGCUCAAAUGUGGCAAACUAAAAACAUUAAAGGGUAUGCAUACUAGUUUUUGGUACUCGAGCGAAAAAACAAAAUAGGCAUCAUUCUAUCAGGGCGGUGACGCUGGUCGUAUUUGAGUUUGCAGGAAUUUUUGCCGACUGGACGGAAGCGCGUUAGUAUAUGUAAAAAGAUUCUUAUUAGAAACGUGAAGUCGGUUGUUGAUCGACUCCAGCGAAAACAGAUCGAAUAAACGAUUAUGAACAGUUAUGGCUUUAAGUUGUACCUUUCUGAAGCUUACCGCUGAAAUCCGCCUAGCUUAAUUGAAGAAUCUAUGCUUUACGGAAAUGUUUAUGCGGGAGACUGAACGUCUCAGCAGUAACAUAAUAAAUCGAGUGUGUUCUUGGUAGAACUACUUAGAAGUCAACUGAAUUUCUUAAAGUUGAUUAUAACCGCUGUGUUGGCGUUUUGUUCGAAACACAUAUGGUCUUACUACGUAAAACGAAAAUUUGGGUUCUUGGAAGACAUUUCUAUGCUAGUGGAAUAUAUAUUCAUCACUCGCCAUCGCUAAGCUGGUAUUUACGCGAACACAUAGUAGCAUCUUGUACACCAGUAUGCACAGUACGUCUGGAUUGAUAAUCUUUGGUUCGUUUAAAGACGAGGGUAACUAAAAACAAAGUAUAUUAUUCUAGCCUUACCAAGCGCGGCAAAUCUAGCAAUACUGAAUAAAAUUGAAGAAUCAUUCGUAGGUCGCGGGACCCUAGAAAGUCAAUUGAACUUAUGGACUUCACACAAGUAAAAUAAAAGUGUGUGUAUACUCGUACAUAUGCUAUUCUCAAGCCACGGCUUUCUCUCAAAUGCUCUAAACUCUUGUUCCAAGCUAUUUUCAGAACUGGUAAAACUCGACAAAUGCAUUUUGAGCAGCGUCAUGGAAUUUUAAAGUGAUAUGUUUGGUUAUCCCACCGAGUAACUUCAGCCAUUUCGAAUAAUAUAUUCUAUGGGGGCUUUCUGAUCAUAUUCCCAAACAUCUUACAUGCUGUAUAAAGGUGUACGAAAACGUGAGAUUUUCUGCUACUUUUUUCCGUUACCAUACAAUUCGAAACCGAACAUUUUAGGGGUCGUUUCUUGAGAAUAACAGUCAGUCCUGGGGAGUGAACUGUGGAAAACCCAAAUUCCAGAAAUCGCAACGAAGUUCAUGUAAAAAAUAGAGAAAAUCCCAGAUGAGUGAGUCAUCAUCUACAAAUUUUAAGUCUUUGUCGAGCCGUAUAGAAAUUUCUGCCCCUGAAAUAAACCAAAGUGCAGUGCUUAAACGAUCUUGUCCUGAAAACCUACAUUGCUCACAUAGAAAUGGAAAAAAUGGAAAUAAACGAUAAACGGUAGUGUAUUCAUAACUCAGCUGUCACUAAAAAUGACAGUUUGAGUCAGUCAAAUUUCUAUACAGAGACAACUUCACCCUCACCCCCACCCCCAACCCCUUCUGAUCGUAAAUGUACCUCUUCAGCUAUUUCGAGAAAGGUUGUCGGAAAAAAUGUGCCGCGACAAUCCAGAAAGGUAAUAUGGGAUAUGCUCAAUACACUGUUCCUGACACUGUAGCUGUCGAACCAACUAUUGUUUCUUUCCUUUAGCACUCGCGAACAUACGUCCAUGGCCUCUCCUGCCAUUCUUUCAAAUUUCUUUGAAAAGCAGUGAACUCAAAACCACCCAAAAUGCCUUCCGGGGUUGUCGCGUGCACUUUAUCCGACAACCUUUCUUGAAAUAAAAUACCUGUAAAUCAACCGCAAAGACGCCACCGCAAGUGCAUGAUUAAACAGUGGCAGUUGUAAUUUAGGGACGCACUCUUCGCAAAGCUUGUACGGAUAAUUUAAUUGGGUUAUCUUCCAGUUCUGCAGCGGUAUGCAGUGAUAUUUGGUGUAUAAAGCGACUGAGGAAUAGUUACGGUGAGUACUCCGGGUUUAAACAAACACUUUGCAUCAAACAAGCGGCGUUCAUCUAAGCAUUGUAAGAAGAAACCGCUUAACAUUAGGGACAUUAUCCUCAGUUACGGGUAAAAUUUCUUGGAAUCUUCUAUGUGUGUAUGUGAUUAUACCGCCUUGUACUUAUCUGCAAAGGUCGUGUAAAGUUAAAUAGGUAAUAGCAUGAUUUGUAGCGAUAUUUUGCAUAAAUACCAAGAGAAAUUUCGAAAUUGUUAUACGUAAUUUCACGAGCCGUUAGGCGAGUGAAAUUUGAGACAAUUUUGAAAUAUCAGUGGUGGUAUUCAUGCCAAACAUCACGUACAAAUCAUGCUAUUAUUUGUUUAUACUACUACCCACGAAAGGUGUGUAAUUUUCACAUGUAGGUAUUUCAAAUUAAGCUAAAAUACCACUGCUCUAAGCCAAUCAAAUUGCAGAAAUUUCUCAUGUAGUAGUAUUACAACAUUUAUCAUUUCCUCUUGAAAUCAGGUUGUAUUGUGUCAAAAUUGCCAUUUAACAUUCAGUGUUUCAUUUAGAGUCCAAGUGACUUGGAAAAGAAAAGGUAUUACCCUAGCGUUAUCGAGUACUGAGCUAGCUAGAUUCAACUCUCUGUCCCCCUUCCAAAAAUUCUCGGAAGUGGCAACUGGCUAUCUAUUCAUUGAGUAAUGUCACUUUGACAUUUCGGAGAAACCGUAUCGCUGGAAUAUUUUACCUCUUCAACACAGAGGUCACAACUGUCUCUAAAAACCUUAUGUGUUACUUUUAUCCGUAACUGUUUACGAGGAGAAUUUCUCUUACAAUAGUUUCUGGCGAAACGACUUGUCUACCUCUGACAGAACGAUAUAAUGCUAAUACUGCAUUCAGGAAAACAUGGUCGCACUUAAUAUAAACACUGCACAAGGCAAAGAUGUCCCCCCUACCUGUAGCGACAUCAUAAAGGGUAAAUCAAAAGGCCCCACAUCUAAAUACGGUGGGACGACGGAAGACAGAAAAACGGUUCCCGAGCUUUCAUAAACUGAGUCUUUUCAGGAUGGGAGCUCGUGUUAACGUCGUUGAAAGAGCUGAGAAACACAAGAAUGGCUGAGCCAGACCUGAUAAUUAGCAUAAUACUAUAGUGUCUGACCUUUAUUUCGUCUGAAACUAAUUUACGGCGUUGUAGUGCAAACUAUGUACCUCCCGGGGGGAUACUCCUGGGAAUUCUUGGUGGGGCUGUACCGCCCGGUUCUUCAAAUCCUGACCCGAUUUCAGGCCAAGAAAUGUAAUUUUCCACACCCGUUUUCAGACUAGACCUUUAAAAUCCAUACACGUUUUCAGACCUUGCCUUUAGGCAGAAAUUAUGUUAUCAUUACUUAGGUUAGAGCGUAAACAAAAAAAUUAUUCAAAUGUAUUUCGAAUUCGCAUAUUUCUCUUUCUUUCUUACUCAUUUGGAAUUGAAACGUUAAAUGCGUUCAUAUACUCCGUAGUUCCCUCGAUAACCAUACCCGUUUUCAGACCAAAACGGCGAAAAAACCCUACCCUAUGGGGCGGCACAAACCUAUAUGGCUUCUAUAAGAGAGUACCCCCCCCCCCCCCCCUCCCCCCCCCCCCCCGGGUAUGUAGCAUUAACAUUGGACGAAAUGCAGUCAAGAAAACGAAGUAUUUACUAACAUCAGUACGACCAGCCUAUUAUGAAAUUUCGAAAUUUUAAUCGCUGUCUUUGAAUUUUAUGGAUAACUUGAAUAACUGAAAAGACCAAAGAGUGACAGUAACCAAAUUUAAUGAAGAAUUAUUAGCACGAAAGACGAAUACCUAGAAAAUCCCAGUAAGUGAAAAAUGGAUUUGUGUAUUAACUGCAGGAGACAAGAGAAGCCCGCAAACAUAACAUCCAGGUUGCCACUAAGAAUAAAUGCAAUGCAUAAAACGCAAUCUGAUCACGCGCGUUUCAUUCACGUUUGUACCUUUCUAUCACUUGAAUCUGCUGAUAACACACGUUUUGACUUUCCAUCACGUGAAACUGCGCAAAGUAACAGUGUUGGAACAAGAGCCGUUUUGACUUUCGAUCGGAAGACAUGAAACUAUAACCUUUUGUUAAGGCUCGUUAAUAAGUGACAUUCUGUGAAGCAACAUUAAGAAGAAAGUAAGCCCAAGUUAGAGUCUACAUAUUGGUUACUGCGCUUUUCAAAAACACUCGAAUUCUGAAUUUGACGGGCAGAAGCCAACUGCGGUUUGCGUUUAUCGCUGCAGUCAAUCAUCUUAGCGGACCUCUUAGGAAACAGUGGUAGUCUUUACACUAGAGCCUAAGUAAGCUAAGAAAUGUUUCAAGACAAGUAAAUUUUAAUCACUUCAAGUAAAAUAAACCUUUACGGACAACCGAUUAUUUUUUACUUCAGGGUUGCGUUCGAUUGGGAAAUCCGGAUUUCGGAAUUGCAAUCGAACGCGAAAUCCGAUAAGGGAUUUCACCUCCGAGAAAUCCGUCCUCAGGGUGGGUUCCAAUUAAGAAAUCCAAAUCCGGAUUUCAUGGAUUUACUUUUUACCGUUCGAUUGGGAAAUCCGAAAAAGGAUUUGCAAAAUUGUUCUUGUGUACAGCGGUCUUCUUUUUGCUAAUUAUGCGUGCGCUUGCAAGACCGCUGUUCUUAAGGACAGUUUUUCAAAUCCUUUUGCGGCUUUCCCAAUCGAACGGUAAAAAUGAAAAUCCAAAAACAGAUAUCUCAGCGUUGAAAUCCGCUUUUGGAUUUCGCGUUCGAUUGCAGAUCCGAAAUCCGGAUUUUAAAAUCUAAAUCCAGAUUUUCCAAUCGAACGCACCCCAGGUUAACUUAAAGCUAUUUUCCAACGAGAUAUAACUAAGAUUGAUUGACAUGUUUCGCCUUUCUCAAAGCUCAAGAAACAGCAAGUAAGCUAAGUCGGUCAUAAGGACGGUUUUCAAGUCACUUGAAACUUUCUUAAAUAGUUUCAACGUUCCGACUUUAAUGAGAUGGAAAGUAAAGUUACUUGAGAUUUUACUUAGGCCGUCACACACGAAUUUCAGCUCCUAAGUCUUACUUAACAGCCUAGUGUAAAGACAACCGAUAUAUACUGUACAUUUCUUUAUGUGUUACCAACAAAAUUGGUACAGUACUUAGCCUAACCCAGUUAAAUUGCUACACUGGGUUGGUUUCGCUUACCCCCUGCUCACUCCCUAACUGAUCAAACAUGUAUGAUGUAUGUCCAAUUAACCGCAAUGACGCCAUUUAUUCAGACAGUGAGAGCUCAAGUUACCUUUGCAAAAUACGUUACACGCAAUUGCAGUUCGCCGUUUAAUAGAAAUAAUAACUCGCGUCUUUAAGAUUAAGGAUUUUUGGGUAAGUUCUGGUAAGUCGCAGAACUCAUUGAAAACAAUUUUUUGAAAAUUCUCUGUACCAUUUUUUUUUCUCACUCAAGCAACAUAAUGCGAAGGUCAGGUUUCAGUGUUGUCAUGCUAUACUAAAAAUGAGUCCCAUAAGACUUAAUAUAACGAUCUGCAGCAGUAAUUUCGAUAGAUUUUCGAAUGGUCUCGGUGAAAACAACAUGCGCAACCUACACCACUGUGCGGGGAUACCAUUGCGUAUGUCUGAUAGAAUGCUUACACAAACUCCCAAAUUUUUCUAAAUGUUUUCACUGCGUGUCUUUAAAUGGUUGUUGACAGUUUCUUUCGUUAUCUUUUAAGUAAUUCUGAGUGUAAUUUAUCACCGUAGGGCAAGAAACGAAAGAAAUGAGAAAGAAAUGAGUUCUUUAAUUGAGGUCUUGGUAAAGGAGCACUUCUGAAAUGAUUGGAUUCCGGCUUUGAAAACUUUCCCAGUAGAUUAAAUAUGUGUGGCAAAGGUCCUUUUGUCAUCUUGUUUACAUCAACAGUUAUCAACGAGAUCAGUUUAUUUUACAUUUACAUUUCCUUUUUGUUCGGUUAAAGACGAAGCGAGCUUUGAAAAAAAAAAUAAAAAAGCUAAUGUUAUAGCGUCACUGAGUCUGCUAGACCCAGCUUGUAUCUUGUUGUUGAUGGAAAUUUUAUACCAUUGCUGGGUUGUGAUACUUGUUUAGACUUGGAAGUGCUUGAGUUUAUGAACCUUGAACUGAUAACUACUCCAGAGUCAAAACAACCAGAGCAAGAAAUGCCAAGUUUCUUCCAAACCAAUCCUACGUUGCAGGAUUAUAAAGAUUGUUUUAGUGAUAAAUCUGGCAAGCUACCUAACAAAGUACAUUUGGAAGUUGAUCCUUCAGUUCCUCUAGUGGCACAUCCUCCCAGAAAAAUUCCAAUUGCACUUCUUGAACCACCACGAGAGAAGCUCACAGAGAUGGAACGUACUCCUUGGGUUUCAUCUAUGCUAGUGAUUGACAAACGAAAAGUGAAAGAAAAGAUUACUCCACUCUCGAAGAAUGAUGUUCGAAUUUGUAUUGACCCAAAGCACCUAAACAAAGCUCUUAAGAGACCACACUAUCCAAUGGUUACUGUAGAGGAGGUUGCCAACCGAUUAUCGGGUGCAAAGAGUUUCAUGUCCCUUGAUGCUUGCAGUGGAUACUGGCAGCUCCCAGUGAAUGAUGAAAGCUCAAAGCUCUUAACAUUUAAUACCCCCUAGGGUCGAUAUCGAUUUACAAGGCUCCCUUUUAGCAUCUCUUCUGCCCCUGUAAUCUACCAAAUAGAGAUGGACAAACUCUUUGAAGGAGUUCCUGUGGAGAUUAUAGUUUAUGAUUUCCUGAUACAUGGUAAAGAUCAAACCGAUGCUGAUCAGAAAUUGAGAAGAGUACUGGAUAGAAGCAGAGAAGUAGGAUUGAAGUUCAAUUCAAAGAAAGUGGGAGUUCCUGAAGUGAGCUAUGUCGAACAUGUGUUCUCGGCCGAAGGAUUGAAACCUGACUCUGAUAAAAUCCGCGCGCUCAGGGAGAUUCCUCCUCCUUCUGACAAAGAAGGUGUACUUCGAAUACUAGGAACUGUCAAUUACCUUGACAAGUUCAUUGAACACAAAGCCAAUCUACAAGAGCAGAUUUCACAGCUUACCCAGAAAGAUGUAGCAUUCGUGUGGGAGAAACCACAUCAAGAGGCUUUUAAUAAGCUGAAGUCUGUCAUCACUAGUGCACCGGUGUUAGCAUACUUUGAUAACAGCAAAGAAACGGUGAUAAGUGUUGAUGCCAGUAGCACAGGCCUUGGUGCAAAGGAAAGGCUUUUGCUCUCUCCCAUGUGAGCUCCAUGAAUUUUAUCUAACACUUUAUCUCUCAAUGGUCUUGGCACUACAGUUCUGUCUGAUUUAAAACACUUGCCAUCCUCAACACUCAGCUCUUUUCUGAAAUUCCAAUAUUCCCGGGCAGGUUCAUCAACUUUUUCUUUCUUAGAGGGCCAUCCUUUCAAAACGUACUCCAUAACCACUCUUGAUGUCUCAUCAGCACCUGAGCUGUCCUUGAAUCUCUUCAGGGUGCUGCUUUCUAAUCCAAGUUCCCUAACAAGGUUAACUCCAAUCACAUCUUCGGGUUCACUGAAUGGUUCAGUUUCACUGAGAGGUGCUCUGCUAAAACAGUCUGAAAUGACCCGCUGUUUUCCGGGGACAUAACACGUACAUAACGCACCACAAGGUCAUACUUAGUGACUUUCGGCAACAUCCUCUGUAGCCUGGGAGGGGCCUAAUUCAGUGGUUUCCGAAAGAUUGACUCCAGCGGUUUUUGUUCUGUCUCAACAAUACCUCUGCGCCCGUACACAUAUGUGUGAAACUUUUGCGCUCCCCAUACAAUCGCUAACAGCCCUCUUUCAAUAUUUGCAUACAUCUUCUCUGAGGGAGUCAAUGCCUUUGAACUGAAGGCAGGGGAUUAUGUUUUCUGGCCUUCCAUGACUGCCCAAAUCAAAGACAAAGUCAGUUCCUGUGCCGUGUGUAAUGUGUUCCGCAACUGACAACAAAGAGAAUCAUUACAUCCUCAUGACAUUCCAGGAUUACCUUGGCAAGUAGUUUGGACUGACCUGUUUGAAUAUGGUGGCCAAACGUACCUGUUAGUUAGUGACUUCUGUUCGAAGUACUUUGAAAUGGAACUGCUUCGCCAGAACAAAGACUCACUGAAUCGUGUUAGGAGGGAGAUGUUGUAACAUUGAAACCUGUAGGGAGCCCCCUUAGAAACCCCUGACUGACUUACAUGCGUACCCCGGAAACGGGGAACCGCGUGCGUUGUGUUUUUGACUUGCCUGGGACACGAACAUGUUAGAAUUGUCUUUACUAGUUGAUUUUAGCUUCAUUGAAAGAUCUUAUAACACUUCGCAAGUCGAUUCGAUUUUCAGGUGACUAGGAAAUUGUUGACCUCUAGAAGUCUAUUAGGAAACUAUUACUGAAUGACUGAAGACUAGAUUGUGACCUGAAAAAAACGUCUAUUAAAAUUAUUAUUAUUAUUAAUUGUAAUAAUAAUUAUUUUAAUUGAAAUGAAAUGUUUUUAAUUCGAAUAUUUUUUAAUUAAAUGAAUUUUUUCUGAUCAAAACUAAGUGUUUUUUUUAAACGAAAGGAAUUGUAAAUAGUGUUUUGACGGAAUAGUUUUUUUUACGUGAAUUAAUUGUAAAUAGGAUUUUAAUAGUUAGCAUUAUUAUUAUUAUCAUUGGUAUUAUUAGCAUCAUCAUUAUCAUUAUCAUUAUCAUUAAAAUUCUCCUUGCCACUAUGGCCUCAUUAAAACACAAAAAACAACCACGCUCCUUUGCUUGGCACACUGAGAGGUCUAUUCAGUAAAAUCACUAGCCGGUAAAAUAUGUGACUACCUACACUUUCACUCGACAAACCCUUCGACUCGAAAGUGGGUGGGUAGGGAGGGUCUAAUAAAAUUACAAUACAAGCUCUAUUAACCUUUUGCUUCAAUAGUUUAUUCAAACUUUAAAUGAAUGGCCUCUGACACGUGUUAGGCGGUAUUAAUAUAGCCCUACGUUAAUUGCAAACUGAAAUAUGAUAUGGCCGACUAAUAACCAUAGGUCUACGUCAAAUAAAGCAUUUUAAGCGAAGCUCAAAAUCAGUCCAUUGUUAUUAUCAUUACUAUUAUUGUUGUUGUUUUCAUUGUUGUUAUUAUUAUUUCAUUGUUCAUAGGUCUGUUCAAACAGCAACUCUCUUAUCUACUGGGAUGUGAACAGCACAGAUAAGUCAGUAUGCAAGUUUCGUUGGCUGCUUUCGUGUUUGUCUGCCUCACGCUCGUAAACUGCGGCAAGGCGAACUUCCACGAAAUCAACGGCAGUAUCAGUAAGAACCAGACCUUGACCUAUGCAGACGGACCAUACCUGGUUACAAGUGACUUGGUUAUUUCUCAGAAUGCCUCUGUUUUCAUAGAGGCCGGUACCGAAUUUCUGGUAGUUCCAAAUAUCGGAGUUCACGUUCAAGGAACAUUACUCGCCAAGGGGACAAGGUCUCAAAGAAUCACUUUCCGAGCAAUUUCUUGUAACGAAACCAAGUUCUGUAAUAGCACUAAAUUAUACAACCCUGGAAUAAGGCUGGUGGAUGGUUCAUCGUACAAAAAGGGACGUUUGGAGCUGGAGUGGAAUGGACAGUGGGGAGGGGUUUGCUAUGAAUACUACGGCAGUAGUUGGAAUUUCAAAAAUACUCAGGUGGCAUGCAGGCAACUUGGCUUCUUGAGAGCCAAGAGAUACUAUUUGCAGGCUGCUAGCAGUGGCCCCGUGUGGAUAAGAAAUGUAAACUGUAAUGGGAAUGAGCAGAGCCUUUUCCAAUGUAGACACCGUGGAGCUGGAAAUCAUUGUAGUAAGUUAUUAAGAUAUAGAGGGGACAAAAGGCUCGCGACGCAUCGAUAUUUGAUCUGCAGAAGAAAACGGAAAAGAGUGUAUUGCCGUAUAUAUUAUAUAUUACCAAGAGACGAGUAUAUUACGCUCCUAAGCGGCAGUUCAGGGACGACUAGAUAUAGCCAUAUGAUUAUAGUCAAAAAGGGCCCGGGUCACGUGAUGUCUCAUUCAGGAUACUUACCAGAUUUUCAUUCUGAUAUCUAAGCUGGGUUUGGCGCAUCGAGAGAAAUGGUCGGACAUUUACAUGUACGCAUAUGAAUAAGCUAUUGUGGCGUAUCCUUGGUGGGGUAACCUGCAAGUCCAUAUAAUCUCUCAUUUAGUUAAUUUGAUCACGUUUAUAUCAUUUCUCCUCGCCCUUUCCCUUCGUUUCUGAGAUUUUGGAGCCCGGAUAGGGGAAGGGGGAGGGGAGUGGUGGCUGGGUGGGUGGUUGGGGAGGCGUUACUGUGGAUUUGAAGUGACAGGGAUGAUCGAAGGAGUUUUUUGGGUUGUUCCGGAAAUAAAGUAUAAAACCAAACUUGUUUUGCGACUGUUUCUGCUUCCAGGAAAUUUUUUAUGGCUCCGAAAUUUGGCAUGGUUUCUUUGGGGGGUUAAAUUCUGGUCCAGGGAUUUUUUUGUUUUGUUUUUUUGUUUGAAGCUCUAAGGGUUUUUUUGGGUUUUGAUCCAGUGCCCCCAUUCGAUCAUCCCUGUCACUUGAAGUCCGGAUUACACCCCUGGGUUUUGGAACUUUCCAGGCUUAAGAAACGUGCCUUUUGACUCCUUUUCAUUGAAAUGACUGCAAAUUUCGUUUGGUUGGAUUUCAAAAACUGGAUAAGAUAUAUGCACCCGUUUUCAAAAAAGGUUUUUAUAUGGGGAGAUCCAUAGAUAGAUAUUUACGUUUGUUUUCUUGCACGUGCGCCAGUGUGCAUUUUCACCCGUUGGUGUCCAUGGGCCCCCCUAAUUCUCUCUAAGUUUGUUUUUGUUGCGGAUGGUGAAAUCACCAAAUGACCUAAUACAAAAAUAUUCAAAGGACACUCAACAAUUUCGACCCUCAACACUAGACCUAACCAGCCGUGGUCUAAGCAACAUCUAGAAAUACCCUGAAGAAUACACAAUACAUGAAGUUAAAGGUGUCUUUUCAAGGAUUAAAGAUUUAAACUGGUAUGAUAAAAUAUACCAGCCACCUGAGUUUAUUUUUAAUUAAUCCAGAUUUACUGAGUGUUUGUGGCAGAUGGACAUAGCAAUUCUAUGUCGCUCCUGUAUUUAAAAAUGGAAUGCAGCUAGUUAAGUAGAGUACUAGACAAUUUCCCUCUCACAACUUUGCUAACUUUUGCGAGAAAUUUCAUUAACAUUUACAACCAAUACCCUGGCUCAUCUUCCAAUCUCUAGGAAAUAGCAAAAUUGACAGUUUGCUUUUGUCUAGAGUGACCCAUCCAAUGUACAGAUCAGAAAUUGCAUCAAGACAAAACGGAUACUAGACAACGUGAUGGACUUGACUGCGAUUUUUUUCUCCUCUCUAGAUCGUUACAAAGACAUUGUAAUUGAGUGUGACACGUUAAUACCUUACCUAAAAGAGAGGGUUUAUUGGAAAGGCAUUUAUUUUUCAAUGUCAAACUCCACGAGAGAACAAAAGCAAAGAAGCUCAUUCCUGGAAAACGUCGACAUAAUCAACGCCUUCGAUGGCGUUAAGGCACUAAACGAGGCUCCGGUUUUGUUAAAUGUCACUGUUAGAGACGGUAUAACUGGAAUUGUGGCAAAAGAAUUGAAUCACCCGCUGAAAGUGGUGGAUUCAAAGUUUUUGAGAUGUGAGUCUGUGGGUAUAAGUGUCACAAGCAGAGGGGCACCCGUUGUGGUCCAAAAUGUAACUGUUCAAAAUACAAGUUAUGGGAACGCAUUUGUGUACGAGUGGAUACCAACAGAUGCUGUGGAUCUAUGUCGCGUCGAUCCAGAAACCGUCUCAUUCCCCUUGGUUUUAAACGCAUCUGGUGGUACUUUACCAAAUGACUGCAGCAAGGUAAGAGUAGGAUAUAAGGGAUACGUUUCUAUGGAAACUGUGAUGUUACUCAGGUGGAAUGAGAAUGAGAAUGUUGACAAUUGUUGGAAGCUAGAAGCUUCUCGGGUCAAACAAUAACAACAUUCCUCGAAGGUACGUAAUUAAGAGCCACUUUCUGCGGGGACCGAGUGAGAGGUAGCACAUGAUGGAAAAAAUGCUUAUCCUCAUAUUUCGUCAGAGAUGCCUUAUGGUGAGUCAAUAUAUGUGGUGUGACUUUUGUUGAAAUAUUUUUUUCUUUUCCAGAAAUUUCUCAAAAACUGUAACGAGUGGCCACCGCCAUAAAACAUUUUGGGCUUUUAUUAACUGCUAGGAAAAAGUCCGCUAAACUUUGAGGAAAUCACGCAUUGACUUGUCAACAAACGCGAGUAAUCGUCAAUUUACGCUCUUUGUUAUCAAAGCCACAGUACAAUAGACUUACCUUGUAGAACCAGCAGUCAAAAAUUGUUUUUUCUCUCUAUUUUCGUUUCAAAUUGCCUUCUCCAUAGUGUAACUUGAUUACUUUCGUUUGUUGACAAGUCAAUGCGUGAUUUCCUCAAAGUUUAUCAUUUUUUUCAUCAUGUGCCGCGAUUUUUCGAUUUCACGCGGUCUCCAGAAAAAUUCGCUCUUAAGAGGACAGGUCCUAAACUCUGCAUUCAAGCCAAUUGGCUCAUUAGGCCUGAGCUUAACCUGGUGUCUGUAGCAUGAGGCGACUAGUAACAUUUUUAUCACCUUUUUUAAGGGACACCAGUCCAUAGCAGGGCUGCCCUCACAUAAAAUUCGCCGGUGUCCAUUUAUUCACCUGGUUGAAGUAAGGCACUGUGGGGGGUAAUGUGCUUUGCCCUAGGACACAACACAAGCACACUUGCUCUAACUACUGCGCUAAUAGGUAACAAGUUGACACAACAUGCGGUGCGAAGGGGUGUCAGAUGUUUGCAUCAUCGAAUUUUAUAAUUUACCAAAUUUUUUCAAAAGAUCAAUCCUUAACAGAUUCUAUACAAGCGUUUUUUUUCUGUCGUUAUAGACCUUUCGAGCAACAGCUGGCAAAGCGCUCUGCAUACAUUUUCGUGUAAUUGCGGGAAGUGCUUUCGAACUCAAUGUUACCGACGGAAGUACCUCGAGUAAAGACCUACUCAGCAGGAUUACCAGUGAUUACAAUGGUAAAACGAUAAAAACUGGCUCCUCGUCUGUUUUGGAACUGCAUUACUCAUCUAAAGGGAGUGUUGACAAUCCUGCUUCCUUGGAGAUCAUUAUAAUGGAUGAUUAUGGUAGGGUUUUGUAUCUGUUAACUACGGGGGUGAAGAUGUAAUAGCGGUACGUAAUGUUACUGGUCUGACUUACAGGGGCAUCCAACGGGAAAUUUUGAGAAAAAGACCUAACGACAAGAAGAAAGCGUAAAUAAAGCUUUCUGAAGCCAUUUAAGCAUUUUGGGAGAUUGCUGGGAUGAAUUUAUCUGUUCCCCUGUCCCAGCAAGACUGAUGGAAGAGUUCCUAGCCAGCAAGGGGCAUCUACAAGACCUACAACCGGCUGCAACCUAACUUACUGGAAAGUUUUCCAGCAGACGUAUGUCCAGACAUUACUGCCUAGUCUGGGUGUGGUCAUAGGGCAAACUUCAUCCCUUACAUAAAAUCAAAUUCCCUACUUUACAUAUUACUCGUUCCAAAUCUCCCAGCCAGCAAAUUAAAAUUUACCUGAAGAACAGGUAUUUUGAGGAGCAUAUCCAUUGGGUGCCCCUGGACGUACAAGGAAAAAAAAUCUUCGAUUCACCUUUUUUGAUUUAUUUUUCUUAGCUUUUUCGGUGCUAUUGAUUAUACAUGUAUUAUAUGGUCUGCAAUGCUUCACAAGCUUUAUGUGGUUGAAGGGUGGGGAAGCCAAAAGCUGUAAACACUCACAUUUAGUUUUUAGAGCUAAGAAUUUUACUUUAGCAAAGGCUUAUUUUUAGAUUAGUGAAUUGUAAAAUGAAAGAAUUCGCAGUCACCUGACGCCACUUGCUCCGUUAGCUCAAUAUGAAGCGUCGGUUUUCUGUGCGGAAGGUCAUGACCGGACAAACGCUCAGGGUCUUAAAAAUCUAAAGACAAUGUGCUUCCUUUGUACUGGCAGCUUUAAAUGAAUAGAGGUUCUAGUCUUCUCAAAUAAGGAGUGAAAAAACAGUUUUAAUUAUUAAAAAGAAAAACAAUCAGCCAUUUCGAAUUUUGAAGCAGCCAUCUUGAUCUCUGAGCCCUCAUUUAGCCAGUUAAACCUUUUUUUUUUUUUUUUUUCUUACUACGCCCGGGAGUGGUGGGAGGAAGUCCCCCCCUACAACUUUACAGCCACCAAAAUUACACAGGGUAAAGGACUCAUUAUUUCCAACAUUUAGGCAUAAAUUGACUGAGAGAAUAACACAUCUUGACAGGGAUGUCGAACUACUUCGUUCUGGCAGUGUAUAUGGUGCGCAGUACUUUUUUGAACCAAUUAUAAAAUAAUUCGGGUUUGAUGCUACUUUUUGUAGACACUAAUAGAUUUCAUUUUGCCCCGUUGAUGACCUAAAAAGACGGAAACAACUUUAAAUUUACUAGUGGUCAACUCGCUUAGAGAUCGUAAGCCCCUUUUUUGUCCCUACCGCGUUUCGGCUACUGCGUUUUGACGGCGUUAUCUGUGAUACACAACUAUAGCACGGCAAAACUAAAUAUUGUUUUGAUACGUUCUUUGUGUUAAAGAAUCUUCUAUUUCCAUUUUAGCUCUACCUGUAUCAUUGUUAAUAUCAGGGAGCAGCUUUGUGAAAAACUCCAACGACGGAAUUUUAAUUAAGAAAAUGAUCGGCCACUCCAAAAUUUCCAACACCAUGGUGACGCAGAAUAACCACUAUGGACUUCACAUAAUAGAGGCACGAGGCAGAGUAAAUGUCCUAUCGUCUUUAUUCCGGGGAAACAAUAAACAUGGUAUGUACGUGGAAACUAUUUCAGGAUUGAUUGCACUUGAAAAAGUAAACUCCUCUAAAAACCACCAAUCGGGUAUGUCAAUUGGCGUUGGAAGCAUAUUGCUAUCAGUAUCAGACAGCAACUUUGAUAACAACGAUCAUAGUGGGAUACGCAUCACAAACCAGCUUCACUCUACCAUUAAUAUAUCUGACGCUCAAUUUAAAGGGAAUGCCGGUAAUCAUCGUAAUUACGGACUUUAUCUGGUGGACUUCAAGGAAGAUUGCAAUGUUCAAUUAUCAAACCUAAACAUAGUUGGGAACACGGGAUCAAACGGAGCUUUUUUCGAACGGUUAAGUCUUGCCAAUUUAAUAAUAACUUCCUCUAAGUUUGAUGAGAACGGUUGGCAUGGACUAUCAAUUGCUGGUGUUUCGUGUCAUAAAGGUACCUUUCGAAACAUUUCUACGUCUCGGAAUGCUAAGAGUGGCAUUUAUGUGUCUGGCGGAAAUUUUAACGUAUCAUUAAUAUCUUGGACUUCAGUUUCAAACAGCCGUAACGGAUUUUACUUAGAAAAACAAGCAGGAAAGGUUAACGUAAAUGGCUGUCUUGUCAAUGAUAACACACUAGAUGGUUUAGUAUUUUUCGACGGUGGGUAUGUUCGGCUUUACGCUGUACUCAUUCAAAAGUGUACGCUUUCAAAUAACCGAUACGGUGUACUUUUUAGGCUUCGCCGUUAUACAGGCCUCAUGAACUACCGGGUUAUUGUGGUGGACUCUACAAUUGCCAACAACACUCAGGGGGGAUGUAAAUUUUUCUCUGGAAGUUGCGGUAACCCUCAUCGCAACAGGUACCUUAAACUUUCGUUUGCAAGAAAUAAAGUAAUGGGAAAUAAAAAAUACGGCCUGCUCUUUUACGGUCCCGAACAAUCCGAGGUGGAGGCAACUGUACAAAAUAACACAAUGAAGGAAAAUACGGGAUAUGCCUUAAGCCUGGAGUACACAAAGUACUGUAGUGCCUCUCCACUCUUUCCAGUGCUAGUGAAUGUUCAAGGAAACAUUUUUACCAAGAAUAAAGGAGAAUAUAUUGUCUUCGUCAAUUUCAAAUCCAUGACAUCGAAACACCAAAUGAUCAUCUCACAAAACAGCUUUUUUGAAAACCAGAAUGUCCGCAAGUUUUCAACAAACUAUGCCCGUGUCAAGACCCAGACUGUCCUAGCUAUUAAUAAAGGGAACGUAACAGUGAAGCGCAAUGCAUUUGAUAAUCCUAUGUUUCCCCAUGAGAUAGCAACCCUAUAUAUUGAACACAAGAUAAUGUAUCAAGCUAUAGAAAACUGGUGGGGCUCAAACGAUGAAUGCAAAGUAAAGGAAAGGAUUUUUGACUACGAAGAUCGAGUCGAGCUGGCCCGAAUUCAAUACUAUCCAUUUUUAAUCUAUCACAAUUCCAGUAGUGUCAUUAUCCAUAAUACUACAAGGGCAUUGUGCUUUCUACAGGGAACGAAAGUGGGUGGCAUAUUGAACGAGUCAAUUACGAUACCUAGAAACAGUGGUGCUUAUCAAGUGACUGGCGAUGUCACAGUUUUUUCCGAUGGCACUCUAACAAUCGAAGAGAAUGUCACUUUGGAAUUUGACUUGAAGGCAGUGUUUCUAAUUUAUGGAGAGAUCAUUAUCAAAGGUACCAGCACGAAUAGGGUAAGGUUUAUCCCAAAGAAACCCUCUGAAAAGGCAGUAAGGCUGGCGGAUGGUCCAGGUCCAUGGAAAGGAAGACUUGAAAUAUGGUUUAAUAAUACGUGGAUGCCGAUAUGCCUGAGGUGGUACCAGCGCGAAUAUAGCAUUGUAUGUAGACAAUUGGGAUACGAGGAAGAUGAAUACUCAAAACGCUAUCCGAGUGGCAAAGAAACUGUCUUUCUGCAUAAUUUCCGAUGUGAUACAAACGAAAAUGACAAUGUUGCAAACUGUGGUCGGGAAAACUGGAUUUCUCUACCUCAUUGCUCCGAUUAUGUGGCAUAUAUUGCUUGCAAAACUCCCUACUGGACCGGAGUUCACUUAGCAAUCGCCCCAAAGAAAAGCGUCAUCACAAACCUCGAUAUUAGCUACGCAGGCUUCGAUUACAGAAAUGACUUAAAGAUUCCCGGCAUCGCCUUAAGGAUUGAUCUUAGUCACAACAUAAGCGGUGUUGUUGUAGAUAAUUCCGCCUCUAUCGGCGUCCAAAUAAUGUACCCAAAUCCCUUUAAAACCUCUUACGACAUGCACAAUGUCACCAUAUUAAACACCGAAUCGGAUGGAAUUCGUUUGGAAUCCCCACUGGUCAAGAUCAUGAACACUGACGUUAUAAACACGAAGGGUCGUGGAUUUUUGUCUGAUUUUAAUUGGAAGCCCCUUAACAUUCAUGUGUUGAAUAUAGCCGAAGCCAAAGUAAAAAGGUAUUUACAACUGUGCACCGAUAGACAUAUCUUUCUAGACAGUGCCAGCCCAGUAUACUACUUAAGCGUAAAAAUUGAUUAUAGCAAAGGCUGCGAGACCAUUAUCACAGUUCCACAGAAAUACUACAUCGGAAUGCAACUCAUCUAUCAAAACCUACCCUAUUACGUGUUAUUCCACGUUUACAGCGGCAAGAACAAGACAUCAGAAACUGUAUGGGAUAUCCAUUCGUUAACAUGGCCAAGCCGUCCAGUGUGGAGGUCAAACACUAGCACAGUUCUUCUCGAAAGUUACUCCCGGUAUUACCCUGACCAUCGUAGUUACACGGUGCAUUUAAUGGUAUAUCUCAUUAAAGGUAAGCCUCAUUAAAAUUAAUGGGGUAAAUGUUAAAAAGCAUUUUAACACAAACUAAGCUUCCCCUCCACUCAAUAUAUAUUAAGUGCCACUUAUUAACCGAUAGUGAGGCCAUAACACCGAAAUCUCAGACCCGGAGGCCUUAAUGUCAAGGUCAAGAUCUGAGAUCUCCUUGGGGUGAAUUCACUCCUAGUGGUAUAUAACGAGUUUCAAUUUCAUAAAUUAUAAGAUAUAUAUAUCUCUGAAAUGCCAACCUCAAUGAACAUGAGUGUUUAAUUUGUACUACAGCAGACAGUACUGUUUCGGCCUUCUGGGAUUCAUCAGUGCAGUGCUGAUGCCAGGAUGGAGGUUAUGAAGCUAAAAAGCCACUCCAAAUGAUACCACAAUUGUGUUAUCAUCUAAGCCAUGUCAGAGUGCUCUAACUAGUAAACUAGUGAGCAUGCGCAAUGCUAUGGCCCUAACUCAUCCUAAGAGUGCUCCAUUUCAAAAUGAAAGCAAAGCUUUAUAUGCGAAAGAGCAAUAUCUAACUGCAGACAACACUGUUUCGGCCCUCUGACCCUAUAUAUAUUUAUUAUAUAUCUUGUAGAUAAUUUUUUAUCUCAGUUGAUUUUUAUUUUUCCAUUGUUUUGGGUAUGGUAAUGUAUGCUAAUGAAUUUAAAACAAAGGAAAAAUAAAAAUUGACUGAAAUUAAAAAAAUAACUGCAACAUAUACAUACUGAGAUGUACCAACUGAAAAGGCGCGAAAUGAAUUUGGUUCUGGUCUAAUAAGAACCCGAGAGCCAAUCAAAUGGCGCGUAUCGCUUUUUCCACGCGUGAGGAAAAAUGAUACGUCCAAUCAGGUGCCACGUAUCAUGUAUUUUGACGUGUGAGCCGUAACAAGGUGAUUUUUAUUCAGCUAGCAGCAUUUCUCAUAUUUAAAGUAAACUUUCGCAAGUGUUGAUACUUCAAAACAUGAGCGAGAGGAGGUUUGUUCAUCAAGAUACUUGGAGUUUCCUCUGCCGAAUCAUUGUUGAAUACUGUUUGGCUGAAAAACACCAUUCAUUUUGAAAUGCGUGGUUGUCAAGAGCAUUGGAAUUUGUGCUGGGAAGAUGUAAAGCUUUGUAAGGACGCACAAGGUAACGAAUAUCUAGUGUACAAUAAAAGAAAGACAAAAACAACGUCUGGAGUAGACGCUUCAAACUUUCGUCUAAAAGUUUCUGAAAAAAGGUUAAAGAGAGGAGUCCAACUCAGAUUAAAAUUCAGAAAUAAUAUUUCGACAUUCUUUGCUUGUUGUAUGCUUCAAACUUUCGUCUAAAAGUUUCUGAAAAGAGGUUAAAGAGAGGAGUCCAACUCAGAUUAAAAUUCAGAAAUAAUAUUUCGACAUUCUUUGCUUGUUGUAAUGUUAAAUUUAUGUCAAAAAUUUAAGCUUAUGUUUUAAUCCUUGCACGAGUUUCUCACUUGAAGUCGUGUAACAGAGUUUUGUCUUGGUUUGUCAUGUCAGACGAUAGGCAAGAAUUUAAAUCUCAGUAUGUAUAUAAUAAACGCAAUACCACAUGGAAACUGCUUUGUACGGCAUUUACGCUCUCGUUGUUUUUGUAUCAGAAAUAUCACUCGCUCGGCGCUGCGCUCACUCUUGAUUUCUGAUACGUCAGCAACUCGUGCUUAAAUUCCGUACGUCCUCACUUUUCAUGAAGUAUUCAAUAUAUAUUACAUUUUUUGCUUUAAUAUAAUAUAAAUACUAUUUUGCCAAAUUAUGAACCACAGGUACCCCAAGCUCACGAGCAAGAACCUUUCUUGCAUAGCAGAAAUAUUAUAAGGGUAUGGAGAUUCCAGCGAUUGUUAUUUAGGGGUUAAAAACAGCAUUAAAGAUACAUCAAAAUUCCUUGCCUUGUCGUCUUGACUGAAUUUAUGGUGUUUUCGUAGCCGUUCUUGGCCGUUUCAUGGCGAUUCCAGCGAGGUUUAGUUCUGCCGUUGUUGGUUGGUUGGAAUCUCCAUACAAAUCCUUGUAAUAUUCAUGAUAUGCAACAACGAUUCUCACUCACUUUACACCAUGUACUGGUUUGCCCCAUGCAAGGGAAUCCGGAUUCCGGAAUCCGGGAAAUUUUGCUUGUGGAAUCCGGAAUCAGAGAAAAUUUUGCCUUUGAAUUUCGUUUUUGGAAUCCGGAUUACAGCUCAAGGAAUUCGCAAUCCCACUAAUGAUUAGAAUCCAGAAACCAUGUUCUACUCACAAAUACAGGAAUCAAGUACCUGGAAUCCGGAAUCCACAGCGUGGAAUCCAGAAUCCAAGACUGUCCUGGAUUCCCUUACAUGGGGCGAUACUGGUCUUAGUGUGGCUUUGGUUUUGUUUCAUUAAGGAAACAACAGAGAAGCAUUGCCAGCACCAAACCUAGACACUUUAAACAGUACAAACCUGAACAUUUUAAACUGUAACUUUUUAAACAACGCUCUUGGGGGAAUUUUCUUGAGCAAUGGACGUGACAUCUUAGGAAACGUCAAUAUCCAAGACUCUGUGAUUCGUAAUUCGCAAAGGAGUGGACUUCAGACUACAUUUGCAAGUGUCAAAAGACUGAGUCUCAUAAACUGCUCGUUUAUAAGAAAUAUCAAUGGAAUCCAACUUUCUACAUUUUCUGGUAUGGUGAACAUUGAAAACACCACUGUGUCAAAUUCGUCUAACAAUGCACUGUAUGCCCCAUCUCGAGGAAAGAAGACGGUUUAUUUAAGGAACAGUCGCAUUACCUACAACAAAGGAUAUUCAGUUUAUGUUUAUGGAAACAGGCCGCAGCUUAGCUUUUAUGCGAUUAACAGCUUUUUUGAACAGAACCAAGACACGACCAUUUAUUUUGAAACCUGGUCGGCUGACGUUGAAGAUGUUUACUUUAGAAACUGUACAUUUCUAUUAAACCAAGGACCCGCGAUAAACAUUAAGCAUUCAUCUGAUAUAAGUCAUUGGGAAUUUGUUGAAAACAAGUUCAUGGAGAACGGUCAACCUUCAGUUAUCAAGAAAACUCAAUAUAAUCAUCCAGAUGAUACACCUGAAAUAUACUUUAGUAGAAAUGCAUUUUUAUACAACCACUGUGAAGACAAAGGCGUUAUUGAUGUUACGGGAGGAACAAAAGUAUUAAUAGUUGAUGGAAAUGUUUUCGAGGGAAACUACGGGAGAUCAAUUUUUCUUGAAGAGACAUCAUACUCGCCUUUGACGGCAAAAAAUAACAUCUUUUACAGCAAUAAAUGCUCCGAAAAAGGCGUUUUGGAAGUACGAGCGAUGCAUAGAGAAAUCACGAUAGAUAACAACGUAUUUGAAUCAAACGAAGGCUUAUUCAUGGUUCUUCUUAACAGUGCCUUUCCGAUAGAGUUGCAAAUGGCGAACAAACACGCGAAUUUUGGGAACAAUACCUUUGUUAAUAACACGAACGUGCCAUCGAAUAGCCUUGCAUGUGAACUUAGUAUCUCAGGACUAAUUGAUCACAUAAACUUUUCUAUACACCAUAAUAAAUUCAACAGCUUAAGGUUUACGAAGGAGCUGUGUGUGUUCACCUUUGCUUCAUCUUACUCAAGCAGGCUGGACAUUUCUCUAAAUUUCUGGGGCCACAAUGACAGAAGUGGAAUUCGAAAAAGAAUCUUUGACGCAGAAAGCGAUUACGAGUAUGCCUGGGGUAUGAUCUCCCCAUUCCUGAGCGAUUCAGGAAACAUUCUGCACGAAAAAAAACAAAGUGGUAACUUUGGUAAGGAUAAUAGCCUUUUAGGUGGACGACUGACAUCCACCUUGCGGCUUGGUAUUAGUCAUAGCCCUUACAAGAUUCUCUCUGAUCUUACUGUCUUGCCACAGAUUUCUCUAGUAGUAGAUCCGGGUGUAGAGAUGCAGUUUCAUUCUGGCGUCGGCAUGCUGGUUCUUGGUUCUCUUCUCGUGAAUGGGAAUGAAAGUCACCCUGUUUCAUUUUCUCUUUUGGAAAAAGAUCAAAGUAAAAUGUCAAUACCCGUUCGCCUUUUUGGAGGUACUUUCCCUUGGCAUGGAAAGGUGGAAUUAUUACAUGACGGUAAUUGGAUUCCACUGUGCUCAAACGUAUCAGCUUUGCGGGAAGAAAUGAAUAACGCCAAGGUUAUAUGCAAACAGCUGGGCUAUAAGAAGCCCUUGAACAUCAGUCGAAGACUUCAAGGAUCUAUGGAUGUAAUGCCGUUUAGCAUAAUGUCUAGUUGCCAUGAAAAUGAAUCCGACAUCAGCCAAUGUUCCCUGACAUUUCAAAAUCGCAGCUACGAUAAUUGUACACAUGCAAUGGUUCUCACCUGUUCUGGGGGUUUACCGUGGGGAAAUAUUCGAUUUGUGCGUGACGAAACAAGCCCAUUCGACGCAGCUAUAUCGCAGUUACAGCACAUGAAGAUCAAGCAUUGUGGUAUGAAACAUGGGAAAGACGUCGCCGCGUUGGAAAUCUUUCAGUACGUUCCAAAAGUCCAUUCCGUACAAGUGUUAAACUGCUCAGCGGGUGGUUCCAAGUUGUGGUUUCCCGAAAAAGAAAUGUUAUUCGCAAACACCUCUUUCAUUAAUACAGGGGGAGUGGGAGCUGCAAUCCUGACAACGAAAAAGAACGUUACUUUGCAGAGAGUCAGGAUUAUAAACAACAAGAAUGGAGUGUUCUUUGGUAACCCGAAUGGACAGUGGAUGGACGGACUACUGAACGGACAAGUCAUGCUGUGCGCUUCAGAACAAGUUGUAGAUCUUCGAGAUGGCGAUGUCUUUCUGUACUUUAGACAACCCUUCAUUACCAUUUAUAACCCCACUGUCACGUGCAAGAAAUUAAUUCGAACAGGAAACAAUUAUGGAUUCGCUCUUAGGCUGAUAGUAGUGAAGAACGUAGAUUACAUCACAAUACAAGACCCUCAUAGAAAUACGAUCAUAAAGUAUUCCUCAAGAAGUCAAAUUUCAUUGUCAAAACGAAGGCUUAUUCCCUGGAGCAGUAUCACAAUCUUUUUCAAAGGAUGGUUCAGCACCAGCGAAGUCCUUUUACAUCUCGAGCGGGCAGAGGACAACGGUUUGUAUUAUUCCGAUUGUCUAUCGUCAGGAUUUUGCCAUUUUCUUGAGCAACUUUAGAAAUAUUUAUCACAAAAUAGUAAAUACUUGAAUCCUUAACUCUCGUCUUGCUGUCUCACAGAUUUCCCUUGUACAUUUGAAGUAAGUGAUUGUGGCUGGAAAAACUAUCCGGGAGGUUAUUUCAAUGGCGUUGCUCUGGCAAGGAAGUGGUAUUGGAAUGACAUCUAUGGCAUGCAUGGCGCCGUUUCUGAUCAUACAUAUGGCUACAGAGGGGGUGAGAGUUACUCUAUUUUUUUGUAUAAUUAAUAACAGUUUAACUAAAGACUUCACUAAAAAAACGAGAUCUGACGUAAAUUAUUGUUCCUUCCUUUGCAUCUGUUUCUUUUUUUUAAAUGAGAUUGAUAUUCUUCGCGUCAUUGCCUGCAAAGAGAUAAAAGUUUGAUCAAUAUCGAUGUCGAAUAGACUCUUAAGACUCUAGUAAUAUCAACAGUUGUCCCUUUGUUUGCUAAUAAGCUUGUUAUCGUUCGAGGUCAGCGGUCUUGUCAGUUAGAAUAAGUCUUGGAUAAAAAAGCACAUGGUUUUGUUCUUUGCUUAGUUUUCUCUUCGACCGCCAUUGUUCUAUUCGUUCAUUGUUCAAUGUAGAUCUCUUCGGUUCUAAGCGAUACAGUUGAUUCAAGUUAUCCCUGCCUACUCUCUUUGAUUACGACUCGUGUCUUUGCGACAUUAUUUACGUUGCCCGUUGCAUUAACGUGAAGUUUCGCUUUCAUGGCAUAUUACGCAAUUAUAACUAAAAUCAACUUACAUGUACUUACCUACUUACCUACUUACUCACUUAGUUACCUAGUUACUUGCUUACUUACUUACUUACUUACUUACUUACUUACUUACUUACUUACGUGCUUACUUACUUACCUACUUACUUACUUACUUACUUACCUACCUACUUACUUACUUACUUACUUACUUACGUACCUACCUACCUACUUGCUUACUUACUUACUAUCUUACCUACCUACUUUUUUACUUACUUAGUCACUUACGUACUUACUUACCUACCUACUUACUAAUAACCAUAGUAAAGAAACAGCACUAAUAACCAUAGUACAGAAACAGCACUUUUGAAAGUUACCAACGACAUUAUGAUGGAAAUUAAUUCUCGGCAUGUUGUUCUACUUGUGUUACUUGACUUAAGUGCUGCCUUUGACACUGUUGAUCGUAGUGUUUUGUUGCGUAGACUUCAAACUUCAUUUGGAAUUUCUGGAGCACCAUUAGAUUGGUUUAAGUCGUACUUGUCAGCAAGAAGUCAACGUGUUUCCAUUCCCGGCGCCUUCUCUGACAGUCUUCCUCUUGACUGGGGCGUUCCACAAGGGUCCUGUCUUGGUCCCUUGUUGUAUGUCAUUUACUCUUCAAAGCUAUUUAACAUCAUUGAACGCCCACUCCAAAUUCUCACUGUUAUGCGGAUGAUUCACAAAUAUAUUUCUCCUUCAAGCCCGAUGACUUGUCAAGUCAACAAGAUGCUAUAACUGCCAUGCAAAAUUGCAUUGACGACAUUCGCUCAUUGAUAGAACACGACAAACUCCUUCUCAAUGAUGAAAAGACGCAAUUUCUCGUCAUUGACACCCGGCAACAGUUAUCUAAAGUUAAUAUUUCUUCGAUCACUGUGGGAAACCCUGCUAUAAUGAAAUCGUUAGUUGUUAGGAACCUUGGCUCGUACAUUGAUGACAAGCUGACAAUGAACUCCCACAUCAACAAAGUCUGUAAUGCAUCAUUUUACUAUCUGCACAACAUUAGGCGGAUAAGAAUACACCUAUUGCGUGACUCCUAAGAGACUUUGAUUCACGUGUUUGUCUCCAGCUGAUUAGAUUACUGUAACAAUUUACUCUAUGGAUUGCCACAGGUACAAAUCGAUAAGAUACAAAGAGUUCAAAAUGCCGCUGCAAAGCCUAUUUUUAAGCAACCUAAGUUUUGCCAUAUAACACCAGUCUUAUCUCAGCUUCACUGGCUUCCCAUCAAGUAUCGCAUUGAGUUUAAGAUUUUAGUUAUGACUUUUAAAGCUAUUCACGGCAUGGCGCCAGAUUAUAUUUGCAAAUUGAUCAGCCGAAGGAAGUCAACAGGAUAUUCCCUUAGAUCCAGCAAAAACGUUAUGCUUGAGUUUCCAAGCGGCAAGAUACUCCCAACACUUGGUGGUAGAGCAUUCUGUUAUGCGGCCCCAAAGCUCUGGAACAACCUACCUAGUGAAAUAUCCAGCCUUGACUCUCUGUCAAAUUUUAAAUGCCAUGUGAAAACAUAUCUUUUUAAACAAGCUUUUAAUUUGUAGUAGAAUAUUUGUUUCGUUUAUUUUAUUAUUUAUUAUCAUUUUAUUUCAUUUUUAAAUGUUUCUACCUGCUUUUAAAUUUUAUUCAUCUUUAGUCUUUCUUUUUAAUUUAUUGUAAAGCGCAUUUGAUCAUGUGAUCAGUUGCGCUAUAUAAGUUUAAAUUAUUAUUAUUAUUAUUAUUAUUAUUAUUAUUAUUAUUAUUAUUAUUAUCAUCAUUAUUGUUCAUUAAAAAGCGGCAAACUGCAUUCAUCCGUGACUGGAGAGACUCUGCUUCCUAUAGGCUUUUGAGGAACAAAGCCCAGUGGGAAAUAAGGUCGGCAAAAUACGAUUAUUACCAUCGUAAAGUAAGUGACCUUGAGCAUAAGGAUUCGAAAAAAUGGUGGAAACAAAUUAAGUUAAUAACUGGCCAGGAUAUAAAACAGGAAUGGUACCAUCAAUUCCUAGGCGAAAACUGUCCUGAUAUUAAGUCUCUAGCUAAUAUGGUAAAUGACCACUUUAUUAGUUUGACAUCGGACUUUGUUCCCUUUACCCCCUCUGGAGUAACCAAUCAACAGGUCCCCCCCCCCCCUGCGACCUUGUGGAAAAAAAAUAAGUUUAAAAACGGGCAGGGUAUAAAAAAAGAAAGGGUACCAUCAUUGCUCAGGGCAAACUUUCCCUGUAUUAAGGCUCUAGGUUAAAUGGGUAAAGGCCACUUUUUUUAUUUUGACUCCGACUUUGUUCCCCUUUCCCCCCCCGGGGUUAACCAUCAACACGGCCCCCCCCCCCCUGCGACCUCCUAGUGACUGUCAGGGAGGUGCAUGACUCUUUAUCAAGCCUAAAUGUCGGGAAAGCAAUUGGCCCUAAUAUGAUACCGAACAGGGUCUUAAAGGAUUUCGCACCUGAACUCGUCCCGCUUAUUAUGGAUAUUUAUAACUGCUCACUCAGGGAGGGCUAUGUUCCUGAUCUGCUGAAGUGAUCCAUAAUCAACCCCCUUCCCCUUUUUUCCGCCUCAAGAAAUUCAAUCUGACUUGAGACCUAUCUCUCUGACAUGCACACUUGCCAAAGUCAUAGAAGGGUUUGCGCGCAGCAGGCUCGUGGCGCAAAUUGCGGAAAAACUUGAUCCACGCCAGUACGCAAGGGAGGGGCACUCCACCACGCCGCCUUGAUUUAUAUCCUACAGGCGAUUCACGAGGCAACUGUUCUUGCCGAUUACUCGAAGGGUUUUGACCUGAUUGACCAUUCAAUUCUUCCGAAGGGAGUUGGCGUUUUUCGAUAUAGACCACUGUCUUAAUUAACUAGAUUAGGGCCAUCCUGACUGGGAGAUCGCAAGCUGUAAGGAUUGGAAACUCUCCGACUGAUUGGAAGUCACCCAGGGGAGGUAUCCCGCAAGGGACGAAACUGGGUGUGAUUUUGUUUGCUGUAAUGACCAACAAUCUUUUGCUUGACUGGCAUUUGAGGAUUAAAUUCGUAGAUGAUACCACGGCAUUAGAAAUCCUGCCAAGGAACGGUAUUAGCUUACUAAAUAUAGCUGUCAAUGAUAUUCACAGGUUUUCUAUCGAGCAUAAUAUGAAACUAAAUCCGAAAAAGUGUAAGGAAAUGUAAAUUAACUUCAUGCCAAAUGAUAAUUUUACUACAAGACCAAUUGUCCUAGGUAACAACACCGUUGAAUGUGUAACAACUUAUAAAUUACUCGGUAUUAUUAUCAGUAAUGAUUUAAAGUGGAACGAGCAUAUUAAUUACACAUCGAAAAAAGCUUCGAAACGCCUGUAUUCCCUGAGGAUUCUUAAAAAAGUGCGUGUUAAUAAAGAGGGAAUUCUCAAAGUUUACUUAACAACAAUAAGACCUAUACUAGAAUAUGGCGUACAAAUCAGGCAAGAUAUUCCUGAAUUUCUUUCAAAUAAGCUGGAGUCAACUCAAAAAAGGGCACUACAUAUUAUCUAUCCAUGCCAUAGUUACUUAGAUGCCCUUAAUACUACCAACCUUAGCAGCUUGAAAGAAAGACGAACUCAGCUCUGCUGUAAAUAUAUUCAGAAGAUGUCUCAAAAGGACCACCCCAUCAACUUCCUCAAGCCGAGAACAGCAAUUAGUGGUCAUAGUUACAACUUGCGGGCAAGCGACAACAAUAAAAAUAUUGUUUACGCUGAUAGGAGUUAUUGCCGGACCCACCUUUCAGGUUCCUUUAUUUCAUUCGCUAAUUAAUAUGUGAAUUUGUAAAUAGUUAUUUAAGAUAUAUUUUAUUGACUUAGCAGUGUGAAUUAUUUGUUAAUUCUUAAUUUAUAUUCCUUUAAUUCAGUUAAUUCUGCAAUGCGGCAAAUAAACGGUAUAUUUAUUUAUUUUAUUUUUACUUACCAACUUACUUACUUACUUACUUACCUACUUCCUUACUUACUUACCUACUAACCUACCUACCUACCUACCUACUUCCUUGCUUACCUACCUACUUACAUACUUACUUACCUACUUACCUACAUACCAGCUAGUGAGUAGUGUUUUUUGUUUGCUCCGAUUAGCUAGCUCUGAUCGAGGUGAAUAUCAUGUGAUAGGGAGACUUGAAUGAAACUUUGCCUCCCAAAAGAGGAAAAAUCCUUGCAAACGAAAUUCUAACACUACUUGUUUAACGUCGGUUCUCGUGGGAGACUGAAGGUAUUCAGUUGCUGUACCGAUAAUGUGGCUUUCUGAGCUUCUACUGCGUCAUGUCCAGUAAGCGUUAAACUAACAUUUCAGAAUUUUAAUGUUCUUUUUGAAUUCCCGAUUGACUAAGCAUCGUGUUCAAAAUUCAAUUUCUAGCAGUAAGUUGAUGCAUCCGAAAUAUUUCAUUAAAACUUAACCGUUUAGUCGUAUUCUUUAAAUGUCUAAUUGCUUUUUUUGUGCUAGGGAAUUUCGGUGUUGAAUAAUAAUUUUUCCCUUACACUAUUCUCGGUCGUAUGCAUAGUAUUGCUUUUGGAGUUUAGAAAGCCUUUUUCGACAUUUCGUCCAAAGAUAAAUAUAAAACUAUAAUUUAAACUAAAGCUCAAUUCUCUGUGCUCUAAUGAUUUUUUUUCUGUUCCCUGAUCUGCCUUUUUUUAGCUAACUUUAUGUCGCUUGGCUUUUACCGUUACCGUAGAGGAUAUGGCGCCUUUAAAAGCCCUCCGGUGUUGCAAGAUCAUGGCUACUGUUACUUAACUUUUUACUAUAUGCUGGAUCACAUUGGCCAUGCAUCGCUCACAGUUUUUACUGAGGAUAACAUUGGAAAAAAAUUAAGUACAUUAUGGAACGCAGAAGUUUCAACGAACAAUUGGAAAAAAAAAAGUGCUGGAACUUCCAACAUUGUCCAACUAUUCCGUGGUUUUUCUGGGGUUCUUUGA